GGUUGGUGAAAUAAAAAAAUUGAGUGUUACUGGUUUGCACGUAUUUUAUUUUAAGUUCAGCAUGAGACAACAUGUGAGAUAAGUGAUGGACCAAAACGGAUCGAAUACUUAUCUUUCUCAACUGAAUAUAACAGUUCUACGAGGGACAAUUAAACCAAUAUCCGGUAACUGGAUCUUUGGUUCACCUCGUGUUCCUGAUUCUUAUGUCACAAUUACUAUUGAUGGACAACCUCCAAAGAAGACCGGGAUUUCCAACAAAACCAAUAAUCCAAUAUGGGAUGAAGCGUUCACAUUAUUGGUGAAUGUACAAAGCAUCAUUGAGUUUAAAGUUUACAAUUACUUCUCAAUGAGAGCAGAUACAUUGAUUGGAGCAGCAAAAUGUGAUAUUCAAGAUAUUCUGAAGAAACAUAAUGGAAAAAUUGAAAGUUUAGACCUUGCUCUUAACCUUAUGGUUCCCAAUGUUUCAAAGCCAUCAGGAGAGCUUCAAGUACAACUUGAUGGCUUGGUUGUUCAACAGCCGCCACAACCAUUAACCAAUGGGACUUCAGGGUUGAAUAUGAAUGGCGAUCAACAUAACGAACCAUCAACAUCAGCUGUCCCCCCCGCACCCCCAAUUCCUCCCCGCGUUGCCCCACCUGUCCCCCCUCGUCCAGAGGCAGGCGCUGAAGCGGAAAGCACGCCAUCGCCGAGUUUACCUGAGCGUCCGGUGCCUACCCCUCGCGCAAAUGGCCCCCAUCCGAACCCCAACCACCCCCGACCCCGUAAACAACCCCCAUCUCGACCCCCACCUGCCCCUAACAGCCAUGCACCCCGACCCAACCACCACGCUGCCCCACCCCCCAGCAGUAACACAGCCCCAGUUGUGGGAGCAGUUUCCUCAUCCGCUGCAACAUCCAACUCAAACAACCAUCCUCCGUUACCAGCUGGCUGGGAAGUUCGUAUUGAUAGAAUGGGCCGAAUAUAUUAUGUUGAUCAUAACACCAAGACAACAACAUGGGAGAGACCAGAACCACUUCCAGCAGGAUGGGAGAAAAGACUUGACAGCAGGAAUAGAAUAUAUUACGUGGACCACAACACACGCACAACAACCUGGCAACGCCCAACAUUACAGCGUGUGCAAAACUUCACUGACUGGAGAAAUCAGCGAGAAAAUAUUCAAAACCAGCGUCAGGCAUUCAACCAGAGAUACCUGGUAUCACCUGCAGCAUCGGAAGCAGCAGCAUCAACUUCCACAUCCACUCCUCAACCUCCGAAACCUCCCCAGCAACCCGAAGAUGGGAUGGGGGUCCUCCCUAAGGGCUGGGAACGAAGGGUGGAAGCAAACGGAAGAGUUUAUUUUGUGAACCACAACACGAGAACCACACAGUGGGAGGAUCCACGCACACAGGGUAUGAUAAACGAGGAGCCCAUGCCUCAAGGUUGGGAAAUGAGGUUUACAAACGAAGGAGUUCGUUAUUUUGUCGACCACAACACAAAACAAACUACAUUCACAGAUCCAAGGUCUGGUUCUAAAACAUCUGGUCGAACAGGUUCAUAUGGCGUUCCAAUAGCUUACGAACGGAGUUUCAAGUGGAAACUUGGUCAAUUCCGUUAUCUCUGUCAGUCGAAUGCGUUGCCCAGCCAUGUUAAAAUCAACGUUUCUCGCCAAUCUAUAUUUGAAGAUUCUUUCUCCCAAAUCAUGCACCUACAAGCAUAUGAUCUUAGGAGGAGACUUUACAUCAUGUUUAAAGGGGAGGAAGGUCUCGAUUAUGGGGGCGUGGCAAGAGAAUGGUUUUUCCUCGUUUCCCACGAAGUGUUGAACCCGAUGUAUUGUUUGUUCGAAUAUGCAGGAAGCACGAACUACACUUUACAAAUCAACCCAGCAUCAACCAUUAAUCCUGACCAUAUGCAUUACUUUAGAUUCGUGGGGAGGUUUAUUGCAAUGGCACUCUACCACGGUAAAUUCAUCGACACUGGCUUCUCCCUUCCCUUCUAUAAGAGGAUGUUGAAUCGUAAGUUGACGAUCAAAGACAUCGAGUCCGUGGACGAGGAGUUCUAUAACUCCCUCGUGUGGAUAAGGGACAACAACAUAGAAGAAUGUGGGUUGGAACUUGACUUUACCAUGGAUUUUGAAGUUCUUGGUAAAAUAGACACCAUAGAGCUUAAGGAUGGCGGUGAAGACAUUCCUGUCACUGAGGAAAAUAAAGAAGAAUAUAUAAGGUUGAUGAUUGAUUGGAGGUUUUCACGAGGUGUCGAAAAACAAACAAAAGGUUUUCUCGAUGGAUUUAACGAGGUUGUCCCUCUUCAGUGGUUGCAGUAUUUUGAUGAGCGAGAAUUAGAGUUAAUGUUGUGUGGAAUGCAAGAGUUCGAUGUUGAAGAUUGGAGUCGACACUCGAUAUAUCGAAACUACACCAAGAAUAGUAAACAGGUUCUAUGGUUCUGGCAAUACAUUCGCGAGAUAGACAAUGAAAAGCGUGCUCGGCUGUUACAGUUUGUAUCUGGUACAUGCAGGAUCCCAGUUGGUGGAUUUGCUGAACUCUUAGGUAGCAACGGACCACAGAAAUUUUGCAUUGAGAAAGUUGGUAAGGAAACCUGGCUUCCACGAAGCCACACAUGUUUCAAUCGGUUGGAUCUGCCUCCUUACAAAAGCUACGAACAAUUAAAGGAAAAACUAACUAUGGCAAUAGAAGAAACUGAGGGCUUUGGCCAGGAAUAAAACCAAAGUAUUUACGAUGAUAAGUUCAGCGUCCUGGGCCCAGUAUUAGCGGUGGGACCACUAAUUACUUGUUGAGUAAUUACGUAGAGUAGAGCCCUAGCCAAAAUGUAUAAUUUUAUAUUGCGUUGUUCAAUUUUCGUUUCUCGGUCGAAACGAAGUCUUUUUUCAUUAUCACGUCAUAGUACUUAGCGUUGCGUGAAAGGAUGUGACAUCACGUCACGUGAGUGCAAUCGGAGCUUUUUAAUUGGUCGGUAGCUCACUGCUGUGAUGACGUGGCACGAGCUCAUUGGUCGCUUAGCAAUGCAAUGUGAUGCAACACAAGAGUUCUCGCAUAUUGAGCGACGUAUUUUAUUUAUCCACUCAUAAUGGUCAUUGUUGUAGAACAAUGGUUCACCCUCAGACCGUCUGAACUAUGCACUUUCCAAGGAGCUUAAGUUUGCUCCGUUGCGUCAUAAUAGCUAUUUGGUAUGACGUCAACUUCGCUGACGUCAUUUUAAUUCAUUUUCACUUCUUACGUCAUAAUAAGCAUUCAAGGUCAUUCUCUUUAUUUAAAACCGGUGUUUUUAAUUUUUUUUCAUGACGUCACGCAGUGGGACCGGGAUUCCCCUGUAAUGACGUCACAGCCAUUACUCUGUGUGACCGUCAUCAUGGUACGUCAUAAUGCAGCAUUGUCUUUCGACAAAGCUGUUAUCGUCUGGUUUAUAAUUGUGAUUUAUGUUGUAAAGAUUUGCAAACAUAUCUGUGUUUUAUGCUGUCUAAUGUAAAAAAUAAAGCACCACAAAUAUAAAGAAA